AAAGUUUGAGUCUUUUCCCACACUCCAACGAACGAUCGGGGGCUUCAAGCUUUCAUUUUAUUAUUUUUCUUUUCUGUCCUCCUUUCUUUUUAAAAUUUCAUUUUGCCUCUCUGAGAUAGCUGUUGGGGAUGAUGAUGGGUAGAAGGAGGAGAGCGAUCGGAGUCUAAGGUGGAGAAGAUAUUUUUGUGAUGGGCUCUUGUUUGUCAAAACCGAAGGGAUGCGUUGGAGAGAGGUCCAGCUCGUCCAAGAAGAAGACUGGGAUGAGACGAAGAUAUGGACUCAGAAGAAGAGUGUCUUCAAACGUGUCUAAUGGAUCAUUGGACAAACCCGCCUUUCAAGCUGGUAGUGUUGAGGAGACGUGGUUUGAUUCAAUUGCUCUAUUUGAAUCUGACUGUGAUGAAGACUACCUGAGUAUCCCUGAUGAUUUGAUGUCUUUAAAUAGUAUUGAAGCUGGAUCCCUAUCAAGUUACUCAUCUUCAAGAGAUGCCAACCAUGGAAGUUCAACAAUAGAUAACACUGAUUUUCAGUGCAAACACAAUGAAGCAAAUGAAGCUGUAUAUGUGGAUGAUAUUUCAUCAGUGGAUGCUUCCAACAACAAGAAGGAUGGGGUACUGUUGGACAAUUGUGGGAUUCUUCCAAAUAAUUGUUUGCCAUGUCUUGCAGUGACUAUUCCUUCUGAUGAGAAAAGAAGAUCAUCGAUUUCUGGUUCUCCUAAUGCAAGGAGAAAGGCUUCUAUGAAACUCCCCUUAAAAGGGAAGGAAGGAAAUGAGCAUGCUAAUCUACUUUCCUCAAGAACCCUUCUUCAAAGACCAGUUGCAGGAUCACAGGUACCUUUUUGUCCAAUUGAGAAGAAAAUGCUUGAUUGUUGGUCACGAAUUGACUCGGGCACUUUCAAAGUUCGAGGAGUGAAUUAUUUAAAGGACAAGAAGAAGGAAUUUGCUUCCAACUAUUCAGCAUAUUAUCCUUUUGGUGUAGAUGUGUACUUAUCUCCACGAAAAGUGAACCAUAUAGCUCAGUUUGUGGAACUUCCUGUCAUUAAUUCUUCUGGAAAUCUUCCGCCCAUGCUUGUUGUAAAUGUUCAGAUUCCUCUCUACCCUGCCGCGCUAUUUCAAGGUGAAACUGAUGGAGAAGGAAUAAAUUUUGUGUUGUAUUUUAAACUUUCUGAAAGUUACACUAAGGAGCUUCCACACUAUUUUCAAGAACAAAUCAGAAAGUUGAUGGAUGAUGAAGCUGAAAAGGUGAAGGGCUUUCCUGUAGACACAACAGUAGCCUUCCGAGAAAGAUUGAAAAUACUGGGCCGUGUUGUCAAUGUGGAAGAUCUUCCAAUGAGUGUAGCUGAACGAAAGCUUAUGCUGGCUUACAACGAGAAGCCUAUUCUUUCACGUCCUCAACAUGAGUUUUACUCAGGAGAAAAUUACUUUGAGAUUGAUUUGGAUAUGCAUAGGUUCAGUUACAUCUCCAGGAAAGGAUUUGAAACUUUCAUGGACAGGUUAAAGAUCUGCGUCCUUGAUCUUGGCCUCACAAUCCAGGGGAACAAAGCGGAGGAGUUGCCAGAGCAGAUCUUGUGUUGUAUUAGGUUAAAUGCCAUUGACUACAUGAAGUACCCACAAUUUGGGUUAACUCAGGAUCGUUGAAAUUUCAGAAGUUGACUAUUAUUGUUUUAGAAUUAUGAUAAAUAAUAAUGGUCAGUUACAUAAUAUAAUUGCAUGGUAUUUUUCUUUUCGGCCAGCAUGGCAUUUUUGUCUUUUGAUGGAACAUCUUUGUCAUUACCAAUAUGGCAAUAAUUGAAUCACUUGUUCAACAAUUGAAA